AUGGUGUUCAAGAAAGAGGCGGCGGACAAAACGCAAAUGUCCAAAGAGUUUACGAAAGCAGCCCUUGCUUACACUAGCUAUAACAAGUUUGCCGACGAAUUGGCUCGAAAGUUGUUGAGCAUUGUGGAACAGAAGGAUCCGAGCUUAUUGAAGAAUAGGGAAAAUGUAAGUUUUCUUUAACCCUAUAGGGGCUCUAUCCCUACUCCUACCCUCAAUUUUCAUUUCAGAGCCCAACCUACCCAUACCCAUCAAAGGAGCACCCCCUGGAGAAGGUGGGCGCCUCAUUGUCCAUCUUCCGCUCCUACGUCACCGAGGAACCCUACCACAACAACCUACUUGUAGCCGAAACCCAAUGUAAUAAACUGGCCGCGAUUCAUCGUCAGGCCCAGGCGAAGGCCCAGGAAUUCUUGACCGAACUCAUCGGUUUCAAAAAUAAAGAGUUCAGGCGUUACACUGAAGAAAUUAAUAAUUUGGAACGGUAGGGCUGAUUUUAAAAUUUUUAGCCGUUUUUAAAAUUUAUGAAGUAGGCUUCUGAUACUACUGAUUUUUUCAAAGUGCUUUAGGUAAAGAAGUUUAGGCUUAGGAAAAAUAACUUUAAGAUUGUUUAGGCUUAUUAAAACAAAUUAUAAAGAAGUUUAGGCUUAGCAUCUGAUUUAAGAAUAGCUAAGGAACAAAAGUGUACACAUCUUAGGCGUAAGUAACGCAUUUAAAAAAGAAUCUUAGGCUUAUAAAAAUGAAAUUAAGGGUAGUUUAAUUCCGUUUUUCUAACCUAAAACAUUUUUUUCAGGCUGAGAGACGACAUGGACAAGAUCAAGAACGAACUCAUGCAAUGUCAUACCACGGUGGAUGUAGAAAAGAACGCGGAUCUCUACCGAAAUGCAGUAACCGACUUCGAAGCUCAAGCGGCAAAAGUCUUCAGCCUGAUGGACGAGCUGCCGACGAUCAAGAAAAGACAUUGGGCCGAAAUCAACAAAUACUUUGAGUUCUUGGAGAAGUUCUGUCAUGACAUGGCUUUCGAAGGCAAUCCGAUGAAGUAG